CUCAUUGGGUAAAUAACAAACCACCCACUUAUUUUGAAGCCUGCCGUUUAGGAGUCACGAGAAGUUUAACGGUUAGAGAAGCUCAAGGAAAAUGAUACAAAUGAACCGGAUGAAAACGGUUUCACUGGAGUCGUUCUGACAAGCAGACGACGCCCGCUUAUAUCACAGGUGCGGUCUCGUACUUUGUUAGCCCACCUGCACUCGGGGCGGCUCGAGGAACCGCUGUGGCUGCUAGCGAAGCUCGUUAGCCGCUAACCACCGAAGCUAGCGAGCUAACUAGACGAAUCGCCCGACUAGAGCGACCAAGUGGCGGGCGUGAAGCUAACCACGUCAGGGCUGGUUUUGGAGGGCUGGUUGGCUGAAUUUAUUCCGUUGAGGAGUUUAUUUCCGCCCUUCUUCUACAGUGCUGCUCUUCUUCCCCGUUUCAUUGUGUCGGAGCGUCCUGGCUGCAUGCACGCAUGCUAGCAACUGCCACAAGUAGCUAGCGUAAGCUAAAGUGGCAGUUUUUGUUUUUGUUUUUGACGCUGUCGCCGGUACGAGAUUUCGGAACGCGGUUGUGUCACCAUGACGCGUGGUUAUUAAGUGGACUUUUUAAAUGUCGUGCAGCCCCUCUAGGAGAACCAGACGCGGAGCAUGCAGGAGAAGAAGAGAGUCCAGAUAAGUAGAUAGGGGAAGCAACCGAGUUAAACUGGACUGCGGAGUCGAUUCGCCUCUGAUUAGGGAUUGCAUUUUGGUUGGCCCUGACAGAGAAAGGAAAGGAUGAAGAAGUUUUCGAGAAUGCCAAAGUCUGAGAGCGGUGGGCUCGGAGGGGCAUCCGGCUCGAGCUCCAGCUCCGGAGUCAGCAGCUACUUCGGGAAAGUGUUUUCAGUCGGCCGGUACCAAGUCACCGUGGAGGAGCUUGUUGCAGAAGGAGGCUUCUCUGUGGUGUUUCUGGCUCGUACGCACAGCGGUGUACGCUGUGCUCUCAAAAGGAUGUACGUCAACAAUGUCCCGGACCUGAAUGUCUACAAGAGAGAGAUCACUAUCAUGAAAGAGCUGUCGGGCCAUAAGAACAUCGUUGGUUACCUGGACUCUACGAUCAGUCCUGUGUCAGACAGCGUGUGGGAGGUCCUGAUCCUCAUGGAGUACUGUAAAGCGGGGCAGGUAGUGAAGCAGAUGAACCAGCGGUUAAAUGUGGGCUUCAGCGAGGCUGAGGUCCUCCACAUCUUCUGUGACACGUGCGAGGCCGUGGCCCGCUUGCACCAAUGCAAAACACCCAUCAUCCACAGAGACCUUAAGGUUGAGAAUAUCCUGCUGAAUGACCAGGGAAAUUAUGUGCUGUGCGACUUUGGCAGCGCCACUCACAGAGUUUUACUGCCACAGAAGGACGGCGUGGCUGCUGUGGAGGACGAGAUUAAGAAGUACACAACCCUUUCAUACCGCGCGCCGGAGAUGAUUAACUUGUAUGCAGGAAAAGCCAUCACCACUAAGGCUGAUAUAUGGGCACUUGGAUGCUUGUUGUACAAGCUGUGUUUCUUCGCACUUCCAUUUGGGGAGAGUCAAGUCGCCAUAUGUGAUGGAACCUUUAUCGUUCCAGAUAACUCCAAAUUCUCCUUCAAGUUGCACUGUUUAAUCAGAUAUAUGCUCGAACCAGACCAGGAGAAGAGACCUGACAUUUACCAAGUGUCCUAUUUUGCCUUCAAAUUAGCUGGAAAAGACUGUCCAGUGCCAAAUCUCUUCAACUCUCCCAUCCCGACGUCACUCCCUGAACCUCUGACAGCCAGCGAGGUCGCUGCUAAGAAGAGCUUGACGAAAGCCAGGAUCACAGACUCUGUGGGCCCAACGGAAACAUCGAUAGCUCCCAGACAGCGGCCAAAGGCUGCAAACAGUAAUGUCCUGCCUCUCACCAACACUGUCACCCCUGUCAAGAUGACCGUGCCUUCAGCACCCGUCAGCAACGGCCAGAAAGCUCCCACUCCUGGCUCUGGGCAACCAUCCAUACAGUCUCAGCCUCAGCAACAGCCUCAGCCACAGGCCAGCAGUCAACAACACAGAGUCCUGCAGCAGCUACAACCUGGUGAUUUGCGUCUGCAGCAGCUACAACAGCAUCACCACCACCACCAGGCAGUGCAGCAACAACAUGCAAAUGCACAGCAACUCCAAUACCUCCAGUACCAACAGGCUGUGCAGCAGUCGCUUCAGCUUCAGCAGCAGCAGCAGCAACAGCAACAGCAGCAGGCAAUGCUCCAGCAGCAGCAGCAGCAGCAGGCCAUGCUCCAACAACAGCAGCAGCAACAGGCCAUGCUUCAGCAGCAGCAACAACAGGCCAUGCUCCAACAGCAGCAGCAGCAGCAGAUGAUGUAUCAGCAGCAGGUUGCUCAGGCUCAGUACGCCGCCAUGCUGCAACAGUACCAACAGGCUUUUGUCCAGCAACAACAGCAGCAUCAGCAACAUCAUCAACAACAUCCACAGCAGCAGCAGCAUCAUCCUGCUCAGCAGCCUCUCCCCUAUAUGUCUUCCCCUCUUGAGUUCCAGAUCCCUCUGGGUUCCUACAAUGCGACCACACCCACCACAGGAACUGGAGCUGGUACUGGCCAGAUGGGGGGGCCAUCUCCUGUGGAUCCCUCAUACACUAACCCCAGGAACCCUCUGCUGUCCACAGAUGGGGUUACCCCACCUUUGCAGAGCUGCAGCAGUGCAGUCAGCAACCCUCCCGAUAUGUCAGGCUGGAACCCUUUCGGAGAGGACAACUUUUCUAAAUUGACCGAGGAGGAGCUGCUUGACCGGGAAUUUGACAUGCUCAGAGCAAAGAAGCCAGUGGAGAGGACAACGAGCGUGGAAACUGACCGACCGCCGCCUGCUGCCUCCGCAGCCAAGCCCCUUCCUCCAGAGGAUCUCUUCGGCUCAGUCCCAUUUGUGGCCAACGCAGGUACCAGCGCGCAGAAGGCCGAGCCGACCAGCGAGGAGGUCGGCGUUCCUGAACCUGCUGAGAGUCUGCAGCCGACCCACAAGGAGCACAAACCAAGCAGGAAGACCAACUGCAGGCCCGGCGACGAGUCCGACAGCGACUUCGAGUCCGACCCUCCUUCACCUAAGAGCAGCGAGGACGAAGAGCCGGAGGAAGAGGAGGCGUUGAAUAGCGAACAUGGUGAAGACACCGAGCCAGAGAAUUUUGGACAGAGGCCUUUGCUGAUGGACUCUGAGGAGGAGGGAGAGGAGGAUGAAGACAAACACAGCUCAGAUUCAGACUAUGAUGCCAGCAGGGUGAAGAACCGCUCAAAGAAACCUGCAGGAGCUAAAGGAGCGACUGCUGCCACCAGGAGUCCUCCUUCUGGGAUGGCUCUGAUCACGCCCCCAGAGUCACCUGGUGGAGCGAGAGCUGUGGAGCCUGUGGAUGUUUUUGGUGCUGUGCCCUUUGUCGGAGGAGCCUCGCCUGUGGAACCUCCAGAGACCACAGAUAUCUUCACUAAAGCACCUUUCAAGGUCGGCCAUGAGCAGCAGGCGGCAGACGAGUUUGACGUUUUUACCAAAGCGCCGUUCAACCGGAACCUCUCGAGGUCGAGCAGGAGCGGCGGUGACGUCCCCAUGGGCCAAACGCCGCCAGUUUCUCCUGAGGGCAUUGAUGUUUUUGGCUUCUCUCCCUUCCAGCCAAGCCCCGCCGCCCCACCUCCCACCACCUCCAGAAGUGCCGAAGACAUCUUCCGGACACCCUUCGAGGAGUCGGCGAGUCCUCAGCAGCAGAGGCUGAAGCAGCGCAGCCUUCAAAAGCUGUCAUCCCGCCAGAGGAAGACCAAACAGGAAGCCACGGCUGGGGGCAGUAAUGGCAAGCGGCACCAUGGCACACCGACCGGAGGUCGCAAGACUAACAAGCCGACCUAUCGCACGCCCGAACGAGUCCGCAGACACAAGAAGGUCGGCCGCAGAGACUCGCAGAGCAGCAACGAGUUCCUCAGCACCUCUGACUCUAAGGAGAACAUCAGUGUGGAUAUAACGAUGGCCGAGGGAGCGUCUCUGCCGGUGGACGACGCCCUUUUAGACCCGUUUGGAGCCAAACCCUUUCACCCUCAGGACGGCGGCCGACACAGCCAGUACCAAGGCCUCAGCGACGGUAAAGGUGACAUCGGCACGGCCAACGGUAAGUCCUGGACAGGCUCUCUGCACGGAGAGAGCCGAAUCAUGGAUGACUUUGGGGCGGUGCCCUUCACAGAACUGGUCAUCCACAGUGGACCUCAGCAGCAGGCGGCGCCCUCACAGCCGCUGGACCUCGACCCCUUCGGAGCCGCACCUUUCCCCUCAAAGCAGUGACUCCAAUUGCGUCUUCCCGCUCUGUCAGCUGCUUUCUUUUUCUUGGUUUGGGAUCAUUUUUAACCAACAAGCUAAAACUUUUUUCUAAGAGCAUUUUAAUACACCAGAGUCUGGAUAACAAACCCUGUGGAGUGCGAGUGGUGUUUCCACAUAUCCUUCAGCUGCACAUGUUUUUGAAAAGCCUUUAAUGCUGCAUCUGAACGCUGUUUGGAACCAAAAGAAACCCACUCAAAAAAAAAAUGUGAUUCUGAGCUUCGCGUUUGACCGCUUGACUCGCUGUGAAAAGCUCUCUCCGGCCUGCCUUCUGAUCUGCCGACAUGUUUUUGUUUUUAGCACCACGAAGCCUUACCUGAGCUCGGCUCUGCCUUGCUUCAUAGUACCUCAGAAACCACGACGCCGUCAGCCUCGCGCGUCUUUUGAAAUCAUUUGGGAGUUUUCCUGAACCUCUUAGUUCUAUUUUAGAUUCUUCUCUAUGCAUAAUGUCACAGUAGUCUUUAUGCAGCUAAAUGUGGGUGUGGUUUGUGAUGCAUUAGAAGGGACUGAAUCUUGUUCUUCUUCUUGGAGCUCUUAAUCGGGUCAGGUUUAAAUUUAGGAUCUUAACUUUUUUUUUUUCCUAGCAGUAAGAACUCUUUUUUUAUUUUUUAAAUAAGUUACAACUCAACAUUUCUCUGUUAGAAAUAAAACACACAAAGCCACGUUAGAGGACUAGUUUAGGAUUUAUGAGCCCUGCAGAACUCGAGCUGUUCCACUGUUUUCCCGGCAUUGUCACUGACCUCGGCAUUUUACAUCAUCGGGAAUUUUGCCAUUGGUAAACUGAUAGGUUUGCAGGUUUAGUCUGAACAAGUCCCAUGAAAGAACUAAAGCCAAUCAAGUGUUUCAAGUAAUUUUCGCUCCAACCCCAAACGUUUGUAGCUGUUACAUGACUGAGGUGCAUGUGAGACUGGCUCACAUUAGCUGCUCUGUAAAGGUGCUUGUUGUACAUUUGUAUAUUUAAAAGUAGCGUAAAAGCUUUAAAAUUGACUAAAAAUGUCACCAGAAUGUGAAGAAAUAACUGCUACGACAAAAAGGACUUGGUGCCGAAGCGAUAUUGACUGAAGUUGAAUUAGAGCGGGGCUGUACUUUUAUGUAAUACCAAUCAGCGCCACAAGAUGGUGCUGUGAGUCUGUGUAACCUGAAUUAAACUGGGUGUUGUAAAAACCUCUUGAGAAAAUUAGGGGUAUGAAUUAAGAAGAAAAGGUGAAAUAACAGCAGCACACACCUUAAAUCAUUUCAGCACGCCCCCUGGUGGUGAAAGAUUUGAUGAAGGUAGAUAAUACCACUAACCUGCUCGCUUCAAAGUCUGUGCUGAAUUCAGACAAAACCCGUACUUGGAGGUACUUUUUAAGAUUAUGCAUGUCGAAGUCAAGUCAAACCUUCACCACCAGGUGGCAGCGUUUUUGCUAACGGGUGUGUUGAUGUUUUUUUUAAGAUUCAUGUUGCUGCUACUGUUAACUUUUUUUUAAAACCAGGUUUCUCAAGAAGCUUUGCAAGACCACAGCUGUAGUCAGAGAUGAAUUUGAAGUCAAAUUUACCUCCUUUUUCUAUCACUUUCCCUUAACCUUGAAACAGGAAGUAGAAUUUAUAAGGAUUUAUGAGAAGAAGCUAUAAAGGAUAAUUUGGUUGGUUGGUUUUUGAACGACUUUUAAACUGAGAAUUUAGAAAAAGUGGACGUACUGUGUGCUACGUGUGAGAGAGAUAAACCCGACUCGCUUCUCUUGGGUUUUCAUUUAACCCCGUCUGUGAACGCAGCCCCACUCAGACUAGUUUUUAUGGAAGGUCUUUGAGAGCAAUAGUUUGGUGUUAGAAAGAAGAACCGUACUGUUCAGAGCUUUAAAUAAUUCAUAUUUAGAGGCGCUGCUAUAAAGCUCAUCUUUGUAGCCAGGAGGCAUAAAAAAAUUAGAAAAUGGCACCCGAACUUUUAGUUAUUUUGUGGCCGUUUGAUAAUUAAAACUGUACUUUAUGUUUAAAGAAAUAAAAUCCCACUUAAAAAUCGUAACUGGUUAAAAUAGUUUUCAUACAGUCCGUGUUUUUGUGCCAACUGAUUUAUGGUGCUGACCAACAAGUUAUUUUGUCUGCUUCACCAUCAUGUGUGGGUAAUUCCUGGAAAUGAGUUUAUGGAGUAGAUUUAACUAUGAAUGAAGUAAGAAGAGUGGCAGGGAUCUUUUUCCGCCUCCUUAAAAUAUCAGACUGCUCUUUUAAAAACAGAAAAUUCCUCAUGGCGCUUUAUUAAGGACCCUACAGUAAUACAGGCCGGGGAGCAGAUUCA